ACAGUCAUAUGUCGAUGGAUCCUCAUGCUGUUCUACUUCUCACCCUCAUCCUCCUCCUGGGUACCGGAGACGGCAGCCUCGCCGUCGGCACUCCGUCCGCGAUCAUCAGAACGACAUGCGCGGCUGUCGGAGUGGGUUACGACUCCUGCGUGGGCGCGCUCUCGGCCGCCCCGGCCGCCGCGGCCGCCAAGGACGCGCGUGAGCUCGUCGUCGUCGCCACCAGCCUCAUCGUGGCCAAUGUCACGUCGACGGUGCUCGUCCUCGACGACCUUGUCAAGAACCUCGGGGAGUGCCUCCGCUCCUACAGGCACAUGAACAAGAACCUAGCGGGCGCGCUCGGUGACCUAGCUGCUGGGCGCCUCAAAGCGGCGACCGACAAACUGCUGCAUGCCUCCUUCGCGCCCAGCGACUACGACAUCCUCUUGCUCGAGGGGAGAGCGGAGAAGAACCCGAUGAGCGAGGAGAACAACGACGCCCGUUGGCUGUCCCGACUGGCGGAGUGA